CAACCAGUUUUCGAUCGAGCUUGUGACUGGACAGUUCGGUUUUUAUUUUUUUCUGUGAUUGUGUUGUUUUUUUCAAAAUGGCCGGCGCUGGUAGUGGUGAGGGACGAGCAUCGUCUGGAAAGCUGGAAUCGCAAAUCCAUUGCAUCAAAUAUACGUUGAUGUGUUUCAAUGUUGUCCUUUGGUUAUUCGGCGUGUCAAUAUUUGCACUAUGUCUAUGGAUCCUCAUCGAGCCUGGCUUCAACGAGUGGAUGUCCACCCUUAGUCUCCAGAAAUACUUCAUCGGCAUCUACAUCAUUCUAAUCGCUGCAUUGAUUGUCAUGGUCGUCGCUUUCCUUGGAUGCGGUUCUGCGCUUAUGGAAAACAUCCAAUUGUUGUAUGCGUAUAUCGGAUCACAAAUCGCGACAUUUGUGUUCGGCCUCGUCGGAGCCUGCGUGGUUUUGGACUUCUCCACAUAUGACUCCAGUAUACAGCCGCUUAUCAAGGACGUCAUCACUAGACUCAUUAACAACCCACAGCACGAAGACAGCAGGAACAUUCUGAGGAUGGUGCAGGAAGGUAUUGGUUGCUGCGGAGCUGACGGCGCCAUGGACUACAUCAAUCUGAACAAGCCUUUACCGUCAGAAUGUCGGGACUCUGUUACAGGCAACACCUUCUUCCACGGCUGCGUUGACGAACUUACGUGGUACCUGGAGGGCAAGACUGGCUGGUUAGCUGGCAUUGUGUUAGCAUGCUGUAUGAUCGCGGUAAUCAAUGCCGUCAUGUCGUUAAUCCUCAUACAAGCUGUCAACAAGGAGCAGGAGGAACUCGAACAGUACAAGAAUUAGAAUUGUCUAACGCUAAUUAGGGCUCCGGAUUGCUCCGUCAUGGUCCGUUGCGUGGAUCUAGCGCGUUGCCGCUCCGAUGUUGCUCCACUAUUUAUAUGUAUAUGUGUCGUGCAUCGAUGUAUAAAACUACAUACAAUUUCUGUAUUGAUCCGUCGACGGACGUCAACGCAACGGAGCACGACAAUAGAACCGGAUCUGUAGUUAGUGUGAGUUAUACCGUUAAAUUUGACGUUGACGACGCCAGUAAAAAUGGCGUGCCGCUGGCGUUUUUCUGCGCACGGUAAAGUGAAACUUCAAACUUGACGGUGCAACCCACUCUUAUCGUCUAAAUUAAAAUGACCCGCUUCACUAUCGCAAUUUACGUCUACAAUUUAAUAUGAAAAUUUUACAUGCGGUAUGGGUCGUUUAUACUUAGACAGGCUAUAAUUGUACUUUCGAUAGCAAUUUAGACAAUAUAUUUAGACAAUAUAUUAUAUAUUGUGAUUAUUAGAGAAAAGAAAUUGUGCUUUACAUGGAGAUUUUUAGUAAACAAAAACUUAUAUACUGUACUAAAAUAAAUGUAUUUAUUUUGCUGUAUUAUUAUAUACUUAAUUAAUGUACGUCAAAUAUAAUAAAAAAUGAGAUGGAUACUUAGACAUAAGUUCGUAGUAUAAAUGUUUUAUAUAUUUUUAAAUUAAGUGAGAUGCUUAUAUUUUUGUCUAUUAAAAUUCAUAAUGACUUGCACAGGACUUCACUAGGUUAUUUUUAAAUCUAAAAUAAAAUUAAUCUAAUGUUAUUUGAAAACCAUACAAAUGAAAAACCACACAAAAAAAAAAACAAUGAAACCAUACAAAGCUUCAUUCGAACGGAAAUAUAUAUUUUUAGCUUUAUAUCGAAAUAAAAUGUCCAACCACCGUAUUAUUAUUAAGAUUUAAUUAAUUAAUAAAGAUUUAUUUUUAUCACAAAUA